UCGGAAAUUGGGGGCUGGAGGAGUUUUGCAGCUGUCUCGCAACACCACGUCGCAUCAUCGCCAUCGCAGAAUACUACGCGUCGUCUUUCGCGCAUUACCCACGAACCAGUUUCUACGACGUCGGAACGUGCCGAGAGCCUGGCAACCCGAUCUGGUGGCACUCGACAAGGAUCCUAUCUAACAGCCUCGACAUGGCGAUUGGCCGACGAAUAACGGCACCUUACGCCGGCCUUUUCGAUCCCACGCGGUUUGUAACGUCGUGGAUUCUCCCACCAGGCUCCCUCUUCGCAAUACGCGCGCUAUUGGCCCUAUACGCCUUCACCACCCUCUUUUUCAUCUUCGGCUGGAACGGUACCCAUGGCAGGUCCGAGGCGUCGCAGCAAUCUUUCUCCUUCUUUACGGUGCUGACGUAUUGGGGCCUCGCCUUCUAUUAUGCCUUUGCUGCUGUGCAUACUGGCAGUUACUGGUUUACUGGGACUCCAUUCUUAGCCCGGUGGCCCAAAGCGCUACAGGUGGCGCACAGCAUGUUUUAUUCUACCAUUGUUGUGUACCCGUGGAUAGUAACCAUCGUUUACUGGACGCUUCUUGCGGGGCAAUUCCCUACAACCUUCGCCCUUUGGUCAAACACUUCACAGCAUGCCCUCAAUUCAGCGUAUGCGCUUUUUGAGAUAGUGUUUCCCCGGACGGAGCGACUUCCAUGGCUGGAUCUAAUCCCAAUCAUCAUCCUGCUGGCCCUAUAUCUUGCCUUGGCCUACGUCACACAUGCCACUCAAGGUUUUUACGUGUAUCCUUUCCUUGAUCUUCAAAAGAACUCUUCUGGUAUAGUUGGAGCUUACAUAGUGGGUAUCCUAGUCGCCGCGAUUAUCAUAUUCCUCAUAGUGAGGUAUAUUAUCGCACUGCGAGUUUGGGUAACGGAGAAGAAGCUUAGGAUGACCGGGAAGACCUCAACACUUCACAAAGGGGCUGUCGCUGACGAGUAUCCUUUACACAGUGCCAUUCCAAAAUAGUGGAGAGGUUUCCGAUGUUUUGCGUUUUGGUCCCUUGACCUUUAUAUCCCUGUAUGCCUAUCCACGUUUAAUAAGUUUUAAAAUAAGUUUCGAAGAUUUCUUCACGUCGUCC